GUAGGAGGAGCAUAAUUAUGCCUUCAGCAGUUUUAUUUUGCUGCCUCAGUCCUUAGCAUUCACUUGCUGCUGGGAACUUGGCUAACAUGUGUGGGGGCGAUGGGCCAUGGGACUCCUGAUAAUAUGAAUUGGGCCAGACUACUGCAGCUGCUGAUUGUGGUUCACAUCAGGCAGAUCAUAUGUAGUUCUCUCCUGUUUUCCAUCCCAGAGGAACUGGAGCCUGACACUCUGGUUGGAUCACUUAGUAAAAACUUUUCUCCUCCAUAUCAGCUCCUGCCCCACAAGUACCUGAGGAUGGACAUAAACACGGGGAAUUUCUACACCACUGAGUUAAAGAUGGAUCGCGAGGCCAUCUGCCCCGCAGAGAAAAAAGCUGAGGAAUGUGUUACUUUAUACAAUGCCAUCGUGGGGCCCUCAAAAGACCUUAUACAGUUUUCUGUGAUCAUAGAGGACAUCAAUGACAAUGCGCCGCAUUUUGAAAAUAACAAAAUACACCUUGGGGUGCCCGAGGAUACGACCGUGGGGACCAGUUUCCUGCUAGAUACUCAGGCUCUGGACAGUGACACCGGUCCUAAUGGAGAGGUGCAGUACCACCUAAAAGGCUCUGAUGGAGCUUUUGGUUUAAAAAUCGAAGAAGACAGCUCUUUAAUUAUGUUGGUUGUAGAAAGAGCCCUGGAUAGGGAAACUCGGGACCUCUUUCAGAUGCAGCUAGUGGCCACAGACUGUGGUGUAGACCCUUUAAGUGUGUCUGCAGAUUUAAUAGUCACAGUGACAGAUGUCAACGACAACUGUCCAGCCUUUAGCUCUGAUAGCCCACACAGUGUCACCAUCCCAGGAGACUCUCGGAAGAACACAGUGGUCACUCAGGUCAGAGCCACAGAUCCAGAUUUAGGCCCAAAUGGUGAUAUCGUUUACUCCCUCAGUCCCAAAGUCUCUGAGCGGGUCAAGACGCUCUUUAGCCUCAACAGUCUCACCGGGUCCAUCAGCCUUACACGAGACCUUGAGAGCGACAACUCAGAGGAGCUCGUGUUGAAAGUGUUAGCCAGCGGCCAUCACUGCCCUCCAGCAGACACUCAGGUAACCAUAUCCGUGCUCCCCAAGGCGAACCAAAUGCUGACGAUCAAGAUCGGGUUCAUAGCGGAGCAUCAAAACCAGACUAUGGUGUUACAAGAGAACCAGCACCCCACUGCCUUAGCCGUUUUAGAGCUCGAGGGUGACAGCAUCUUUAAAGACUUAUUUCUUGCCAUUGAAGGUGAAGUGCCUUUCACUUUGAGCCCACAGAAUGGCAAGUAUCUGCUUUCCACAUCAAAGCCCUUAGACUAUGAGAUGGAUCGUGAACAUCAUAUUUCCGUGGUAGCACGCGUGAGAUCAGCUGAGGGAUCUGUGAUCGUUCCUUCUAGACGUGUAGUCACGGUGCUGGUGGCAGACAUCAACGACAAUGCGCCAUAUUUUGUACAGCCUCACUACGAACUCCAAGUGGAAGAAAACAAUCAGCCAGGAAUGUCACUGCUUCAGAUCUCGGCUUCAGAUUCAGACAGCGGAGAAAACGGCAUGGUGACAUACAGGCUUGAAAACUACAAUCCAACCAUGUUUAGCAUUGAUUCUGUAACAGGUCAACUCUCUCUGCUGGUUCCUCUAGACAGGGAGCAACAGAAUGUACACAGACUCACUGUGUUUGCUCGGGACAGCGGCUCUCCUCCCUUGGAAUCCAUGGCCACUGUAUCCAUUUACGUUCGUGACCAGAAUGACAAUCCACCUGUUUUUCUUACCCCUCACUUCAUCUUUUUCAUUCCUGAGAAUGUUCCAACAUUAUCCCAGGUGGGGAAGGUGGAGGUGAAAGACCCAGAUAAAGGGGAGAAUGGGACAACAGAAUUGUAUGUUGUAAACAGCAGUGCACCUUUUGUUGUGGAUAACACCCAGGGGAUGCUACGCACCACUAGGAACUUGGACCGCGAGACAGAAGACCGCUAUGAACUCUACCUGCUGGCCAGUGAUCACGGCCAGACAGUUGCUUUGACUUCCACUGCCAGAGUGACCAUCUUUGUGGAAGACAUCAAUGACAACCAGCCAAAAGUGAUCCUUCCCGGCAGCAACUCCUCAUGCCUAACUGUCUCUCCAGGUACCCUGGCAGGUGCCACGGUAGGAAAGAUCUAUGCCAUCGAUGAGGACUCUGGACUGAAUUCAGAGAUUACUUACUCAGCUACGGCACCGGAGCUUUUGCAAAACAGAAGUCCCUUUCAGAUCGAUUCAAGGUCAGGGAACAUCACCUUAAGCCAACAGCUCCUUCAUACAGACCUGGGAAUGCAUCACCUGUUCAUUGUGGUCAGAGAUGGGGGUAAACCAGUUCCACUUUAUACCACUGUCUGGAUGAAUUUGUUGGUCAAUGACAGCACAGAGCCUUGCCACUUGGACCGGAUGCCCACCUGGACAGGGACACUAAACUUGGUUCAAACCCCUUCAAAGGAACCGAUCUGUGACGUGGAGACAGCCAGAUUUUCAAAACUGAUUCUGUUAAUAGGCCUGGGUAUGAUGCUGGUGUCCACAUGUUUGUUUGUGGCCACAGUUAUUUGCUGCCUAAAACAGAGGAGUAGAAGUCUGAAAAUGAACAAGAGAGCAUACACUGAGGCGAAUGAGAUUCCACUCAGGCUCAAAGACAAAUAUUACUCUGAUUAAUAACAGCAAGCAAUGUGUAAAGCUCACAGCCUCAAAGAUAAAAAUGUCCUGUGAAUUAAAUGUAUUCCGUGUAUUUGUCAAGGGCUUCUUGCAUUGUAAUAAGUCAUUGAUUCAGUGUGAUGCACGGUGUAUUCAAACAUGUCGACUGCAAAACUGACAGGUUCUGUAGAAAUAAAGUUGAUCCAUUUUCUGAUAAUGGAACGAGCAUAUACACGUUGACCUGAUAAGUGAAAUAUGUCAAGCCAUCCACAAAAUUCCUGACAAUUCUCUGAAAAAAACAACUAAAUUCAACUGUAUUUCACAGAUUUAUUCCAUAGCAGGCCAUCGGUAAGCUACCAGCAUUACAGACAUUAUCUUUAAGGAUUAUUGCCCAUGACCCCUGCGGGUAGAAAGAUUGAAGUAAUGGUCUGUUAGGUUGAUUGGUCCUUUCUCAGAUUUCUGACUGAGUGAUGGAGAGUCUAAAGUAUUUAGACACACAAAAGGGUUUAAUGUUCCUCGGUUGGGGAAGUGAUGAAAGUCUCUCAAGAAGUAACUCUGAGAUGAGCUCAGGAGGCAGAGGGUGGCCACGGACAGGUGAGAGGCGGCAGAGGGAAGGCACAAAAACAUCUCAAGUAACCGCCUCACACCUGUUACUUGAUAGCACUGCUUUUCACCCACAGAGCUGGAUCGCACCAACAAGGCAGAAAAAACCCCAAACCUACCGUACUGCACCCAGUAACCUGACAGGCUUGUUGUUUUGAUAACAGAUGUUUGGAGUGAAAUCACACCGUGUUCAAAGACACAAUUACAAAAGACACUUGCUCUUGUGUUUUACUGAUGCAUUUGCAUGCUGGAGAACAAUUGAAAUAUCAAACCAGGUUAAGUGAUGCAUAAAGUAUGAAUGAGUCAGGCUGAAA